AUGAAUCUUCAAUACCUUUUUGUCUUUCUAGCAGCUGCUGGUGUAUCGUUUGCUGCCCAAUGCCCCUUCGCAAAAUUUGCCAAAGCUGGUGAUAACGGGGUCCCUGAAAUUGAUCACGAAAAACUUGGCGAUUUCGUUGCCAAGAUGAAGCAACUCUCUCCUGACAAAGCAUCACUCCUGGAUGAGCAACUUCACGAGGCAUUCGACAAAAUUGCUGAACAUGAUGGUAUCCGAGGCGAACUAUAA